AUGUCUAGUCCAUCGCUGUGUGCGAAUGGCUAUGCUAUUAUUCGGCGUUUGAAGCAGAAACCUGAACACAACGGCACGAAAGUGAAACUGGUCUCACGAGAGGAGAAGGAGAGCGGCUGCAGCUGGGUGUGCCGGACGAUUGAUGAGAGGACGUUCAGAGUCAAAGAGAUGAACCUCUACCCGUGGAUAGGUGAUAUAGGGGAAGCUACAGUUCAUGAGGACCAAACGAAGGCACCCAGAGAUCGCAAACGCAAUGCCGAGAAACACAGCGAGUCCAUCCCAGAACUUCGCAACUUGAAGACCUUUGUCAUCAACUUGAAGAGAAGAGAAGAUCGUCGUAAGAACAUCGAGGAGCUCUGCCAAAAGUUGCAGCUCGACUACGAGAUUGUGGAGGCAUGUGAUGGGCAAGAAGUCCGAAACUCACCUGGCGCCAAGUUCGAGAUCCAAAGAAUCCAAAGAAUCCGAAAGAAGGACGAAAAGGACGAAAGGCGUCCAAAGUCCUCCAGAGCACCAAAGACUUCAAGGCAAUCAGGAGGAUCAUCACCCGCGUCCAAAGCAGGAUCAUCGUCUGCCUCAAAGAGGAUGAAAGUGAAAAAAACAAAAAGGGAUGUCACAGCAAAAAAAGCAGCAGCUUUGCAGUUGACCAGGACUCAACGUGCACAAGCUGCAAAGAAAAUUGCUGCGAGAGUUACUCCUGGGGAGAAGCCAAAGGGUGACGUUGCUCCUAGAGGUUUCAGCGGUCUUCAGCAAAGGUCAUGGCUCACGAAGUUUAAGUGGAAAGGGGAGUCACGAGAACAACUGAUGAACAUGGCCAUGCACCGGGUGAAGUCCUCUGACCUGGCCAAGAAGGGCCACGAGCUCUGGGGUGCCGUUGGAUGCAGUGUAUCGCACCAGGUUGUGCUCAACAAGAUUCUUGAGGAUCCGACGCUUCAAUAUGCCCUGAUCCUGGAAGACGACUGCAUCCUCGGGACCUCUUCUGCAGAAGAACUUACACGUACCUUCAACACCAACAUGAGAGAGAUCUCUCAGAGCUAUCCUGAGUGGCAAUUGAUCUACCUCGGCGGUAGCGUUUGCACGGCAGUUAAGAAGAAAGAGCAAGCCGAGUGGAAGAUCAACGAACACGUGAUGCGCGCGUAUGCAGUCUAUUUGACCCAUGCCUUCGUGAUCAAGAGGGAGCUGAUCCCUGAGAUUCUGGAGAAUCUUCGAAAGGGCUUUGCAGCAGAUGCUGCAUUGGUGAGAUGGUCCAAGAAAGUAUGGAGGGAAGAGAACGAUCAGUGCAACCAGUGCUUCCUUUUCGAGCCGCAGCUCUUGAAACAGCCUGGCAACGACAAUCGCUGGAAAGAUAGCGACAUCUUCGUAGAUGGGAUUCAUUUCAAGCAAGCUUUUGAAGAGAAAGGAGGGGAGUACUCCUUCAGCAGAGCAUGUGAGUUGCGCACCAGGAUCAAGAAGCAGACCAUAGCUCGUAAGGAUGAUGUGAACGACCAGCAAACGGUGUAUUGCAUGAACGAGGACACCGAUGAAGAUGCCAAGCACAUAGCAGACAUGGAGAAAGUGAGGGAGCUGGAGGCGAAGAAGAAGAAGGCGAAGAAGCAAGAAGAGGAGGAAAGGAAGAGGAAAGAGUUGGUCAAGAAGGAAGAGGAGGAAGGGAAAAAGAAAAAGACAAUCAAGAAAGAAGAGGAGCGAAGAAAGUCUCAGAUUCCCGAAAUGAAGAAAGAAAAGGCGGAGGCGGAAAAGGCAAAAAAAACAAUCAAAUCUGAACAAACCAAGCAAGCAAAAAAGGAAACGGAAGAGGCACAGUCGGCUCGACCCAACCCGAAACACUCCAAAAAGGCUUCAGUGUUCGAACCUGCUGAGUUAGAAGAGUGGUGGGAGGGUGACAGCUAUGUCUAUCAAGAAGAGACAUAUGCGAAGGAAGAUAAGGAAUGGGAGGAGCAGGAGACGCUGCAACCAUCAGCUCCUGGCCUUGAGAGCAAGGUGCUGCAACUACUGAAGAGACAGCAGGAGGACGCGGAUUUCCUCAAAGCCAUUCAGAAUGCAGGGAAUCAAAAGAUGGAGAUGCAGAAGCUCUUUACAAGGAAGAGAAAAGAUCCCAUCGAAGCUCUUCAAGAGCAAAUGCGGGGCAUUAUGGAAGGUGCUCAGCUGAACCUUCGCAUGAACCGCGCUGCGCUGGCUGCGGUCGUAUCUUCGGCGGUGGAAGAUGGCAUGGUGAAGCGGCUGCGCGCCACCGUAGAGAAACUCCAGCAGAAGGGCUUUUAUGAGUCAUAUCGCAACAAGCUGGUCGAUUGCUUCAUGUGCGCCUUGGAGUACCAUUUUCACGUACCAGAAGACGAUUUGAAGAGACUGGAGGCAGCUAUGCGGCCUGAGAUGAGCAAUGAGAUUGCAAAAGAGUUGCAGGAGUACCUGGGCAAAGGCCCAUGCGCUCCUGUUGGAAUUGUGGUUGAGGCCGGUACAGGUCUUCUCUCGACAUUGCUAAAGAACGUAAAGGCAGCCACCUCUCAGCUGCAAACCGUCGAAAUUUUUCAACGAGAACAGUUGGCUUUGAUCGAGGAAGGCCGAAGAAAGGAACCAGAAGCCGCAACAUCUUCACGCCCCAGUCCACCCAGUUCUCCAGCCUAUACCCCCUCUGACUUGUCAGGUGCUCCAGCUGCAGCUAGUGCACGUGCUCCGCCCAAGCACUCUGAAGUUCCAACGCCGUCGGCAGGUGCAAAGCGGAAGGAUCUGCCUACAACGUCAACUCGUGACAGUGGUCCACAGCCAAAACGCCUUCGACGUUGUUCGUCCAUGGAACCAGGUUCCGAGACUUCAUCAGAGCCGAUGCGCAAGAAGCUUCUGGCGAUGAGUGUCAAAGAACUACGAGAAAAGGCAAACGAGCUGAAGAUUCCACCUCAUCUUUGUAUGGCUUGCCUGGAAAAGGCUGACUUGGUAGAGGCCCUUAGCUUCCGAUGCGAAGCUGAUUUGUUGUUGCUCAGGAUGUCCGUUUAG